AUCAUCGAUCUCUCUCAUUCAAAGCAACUUUAAAGUACUUUAAAACACAAGCAAAGUAGUAAGUGGGAAAAUAACAACUCAAUUCCUCAGACCAAACCCAACAGUCAGUCAACAAUUGCAAUUCUCUCUUUUUUGUCAACAAAAUCUUAAAAAAUCCUAAAUUUGCGGUGUAAAUGUAACGGACUGUGUUCUUAGAAGAACCCCGCGAUUACCGGCGAAUCGGCUCCUUACUCUAUUAGCCGUAAAAGUAACUCCACGCAGACGAGAUCUACGACGAUUUGGCCACUCCGCGGAAGAAAUAUAUUUUGACAGCUGAAAAACAAAAAAGGAAAGAUUUUUCCAGAAAAUUUAGGUCUUUUUGUUUUUUUUUUUUACUUUUGAGGGUCGACGGAGCUGGAAUCAGCUAUUCAUUCUUAUUCUCCAGAUCCAUAAUCGUUUCUGUCUCACACGGCCGGUGUUAAGGUAGUAAGAUCGGUCUUUUUAUAAGCUAUGGUUCUUGAUGGGAUUGUAUCAUCACCAUUACGGAGGCCACAUGCGCUAAAGAAGCAAUGGGAUGACUUGGGUAGCUGCUCUACUGUUGUUCAGAGGCAUCGUUUCCUUUUGACUGCUAUGCUUCUUUUGGCCUUCCUCUGCACCAUUUAUAUCUACUUUGCCGUCACACUAGGCGCUAGGCCCUUGUCCUGUUCUGGGAUGGCUGGUAAGGAGAAGGCAAUUUGUCAAAUGGAACACGUCCAAGCCAGUUUCUCCAAAGGAAAACUUAAAUUCUUGUAGAGUCUCAGCCUAAGCUGAUUGAUUUAUAAACAUCAUUUGUCUCUCUGUUGCAAUGUCUGUCUGUGUAAACGGCCUAGAGAAUCUACUCUUACCUUAUUCUACUGGGAUUAUGUCCCAAGAUUCACAAUUAUUGUACAAAUCUGAAUCUUCUGUAAUGGGAAUAUAUGCUACAAGUUUUUGAGAA